AUGCACACUCCUUCCAGAGUAUCAAUACGAGACGCAGUGGAAAUGCUUGAUGACAGACGAGUAAAAUGUGUUAGACCUUUGAUCCCUCCUCAAAUUUUACUUGAAGAGCUUCCGCUCUCGUUACGGGGUGCUCAGACAGUAGUAGAUGGUAGAACUCAAGUAGAAGCUAUCAUCAAAGGUGAUGAUGAUCGACUUCUUGUCGUUGUCGGACCAUGCUCAGUACAUGAUCCCGAACAGGCUAUCACUUACGCUAAGAAACUUGCUGAAUACGCAAAAGAGUCAGAGGACGAUUUGAUGAUAGUGAUGAGAGUAUACUUUGAGAAACCUAGAACAACAGUUGGAUGGAAGGGAUUGAUCAAUGACCCUGAUAUGAACGGUACUUACCAAAUCAACCGAGGACUCAAACUCGCUCGAAAAUUGCUAUUGGACGUAACAGAAUUAGGAUUACCCACAGCAGGAGAGUUCUUAGAUGUCAUAUCUCCUCAGUACCUUGCCGACCUCAGUUCAUGGGGUGCUAUUGGUGCUAGAACUACCGAAUCUCAAGUACACAGAGAGUUAGCCAGUGCUUUGUCAAUGAGUGUAGGAUUCAAGAAUGGUACUGACGGAUCAAUCGAUAUCGCCGUAGACGCUAUUAAAGCAGCGGGAUCAGGACAUACUUUCUUAUCAGUAACCAAGCAAGGUCUUUCAGCAAUUGUAGAAACUGAAGGAAACAACUCUACUCACGUUAUAUUGAGAGGUUCUUCCAAAGGUCCUAACUACGCUGCUGAACACGUUCAAUCCGCUGGGGAGAAAUUGCAAAAAGCUGGAUUACCAGCUAAGAUCAUGAUCGACUGUUCUCAUGGCAAUUCAUCAAAACAACAUGUCAAACAGAUCGAAGUGGGUCACGACAUUUCUGCUCAAUUAGCUUCUGGAUCAACAUCGCAAAUGAUCAUGGGAGUAAUGAUAGAAUCCAACAUUAACGAAGGUAAACAAAGUGUACCACCUGAAGGACCAUCAGGAUUGAAAUACGGUGUAUCAGUGACCGACGCCUGCAUCUCCCUGGAACAAACUAUUCCAUUACUAGACGAGUUGAGAAAAGGUGUACAGAAACGUAGAGAGAAUGUUCACAAUAAACAUCUCAAUGGAGAGUAA